UUCGAAUGGGGGUGAACGAAUGUCAGCAUGAAAUUAUGCCAUUACAGAAUCAAUCACGCCAUAAGUUCAACUGUACUAUAAUUUUGCCAUUACCAAAGGGCAAUACAAUUCCUCACGUCAUGUCAAUUUUCCGCUCACAAUUCACGGUCGGUAAGAAUUUUUCGUAAAUUUUCGCUCAACAUAACACCGGAGCCCUGACCCGAUUGUUAGUGGUAAUCAAGAUUAAAAUCAACGAUAGCUAGUGACCACGACGUCGCGCCGUCAGUCGGCGAAAAGUUACCGCCACGGGAGCACCAUAGACGUGACGUGAACAGCCAGUGCUCCAUUGGCCGAAAAGAAAAAAAAAACAAUGAAAAAACUCGAAUGACGGAAUCGGAGUUCUAAAUUCGAAUACGCGCGAUAUGUGUUCAAACGGUUUUGAUUUUCUGGCGAAAUUGACGUGUGUUGUGAAAGUGCGAAAACUUUUAAGUGAAAUGUGUUAGUGUUAUUGAAUUUAAGUGCCCAAAUAUAUUAGGUUAUGGUAAGAUUUCUUAACAGGAUUGCAAUAUCUGGGUUUUAAUGUGGAAUUUAAAACCAUAAACCUAGACUAAACGCACGAAAGAGCGGGACUAAUUAGCUUCUAAUUAGUGCGAGAGAGACCGCAGUGGCACCAGUCCAAGAUGAAUCUGAUGUUUCGGAAGAACUUCUGCGGGGAGAAGAGUACGGGCGGCGGGGGCGGCGGGGGAGGGGGCAAGGCGAGGGGGGCGCUCGGGGCCGGCCGGAACGCGAAGCGCCGGGACCGCGAGCGCUACUCCUGUAUGGAGGAACACACUCACUACAGGACGCAUCUUUUUUUCUCGGCGCCGAGGGCCAGUACUCAGUACAACGAGGGCUCAGAACGAUGCGGGCCAGUGCUCGGCGGAGGCACCGGGACGGAGCCGGAGCCCCCGCAGCCCCUCGUCACGCGGGAGCCGGGAGUGUCGCUGCUCCGCUGGGACAGGCCCACGGACACCCGGGCCUCCGAGCGGGUCAGCAGGAGGGAGACGAGGACAGAGCCCGUCUCGCUCGCCACGCUCGAGCGCGACUGCUUUGUCAUACCAGCGCACGCGCUGGAUAGGUUCCUGCCUGAUGGCGUCCCUCUUCCAGUGCCCCCUCCAACACCAGAGAAAGGCCAAACAACGAAGACUGCCCCGAACUCACUCAGCAUCCUCGAGGUUGCCGACCCCAAGCACUGCAUACUCGCCCACCUGAUGAGCCCUCUAGAGCCUAUCGAGCCAAUACUCGAAUCACCAAUGUCCAAGCCCUUAAUCAAACAGAAGGCUGCCGCAGGGGAGCUUUUAACAGAAGUAGCUCAAGCAAAUACAGCUGUAGGAGGGAUGCUACUCGCAAAUAUGGAACGGAACGCAGAAUUCCCAUUCAUAUCAUACUAUGUGAUAAAUACAACGCAAACUGAUCCUUUGCUUUUCUACAAUAACAUGAGGUGUGCUUCGUUGAACAAGUUUGAUCCGAAGGCGAUACGGUACUCGGCGGCGCAUACGCUGGACUUGUAUAGUGAGGUGGCAAUGAUCUGCCGGCCGCCGUUCACGGACCUGGCCGGAGGACCGAAGAAGUCGCACACGCCAACUACUGGAUUCAUUAUUAGUGUUUAUAAGGUAUUCGAAGGCGACGAUGGCGAGCGCUUCGAGCGCAACUGGCUAUACUGGACCGGCGCGCGCAUGCUCUACCGCCAUCUCCCUCACUCCGUCGGCAUGAGGAAGAUAGCGCUACACAAGUCCGUCGCCAGCCACGGCGACAAGAUGUACCUGUUGGUGUGCGAGUGUGCCAACUUGUUGGACGACUUGUCGGGCGCGGCGAUGUUGAUCACGGCGUUGCGCGCGCGCCUGUGUGGGUACACUGGAUUGUAUAGGCCCAUACAGACGUUCUAGCAGAGGGAUGGGGCUGUGAGCCCUGAUGUUUAGUGUAUGCUAGAGUAAAAGUCUUAAUUGGAACCUAUUUUGAGAGAUAGCUGAUAAAUGGCACAACUCUGUAUAUCAUUGAAUUGCAAUAG